GAAUUAAUCAAUAAUAGUUUAAAAAAAAAAAAAAAAAAACAGAGAAAAAAAAAACAAAUGGUAUCAGAGGAGAAAUGAACUGGAGCGACUCGCAUUUGGCAUUCGAUUUUUGCAGAACGACUCGUACUUUUGAUUUUUGCAGGACUAUUCAUGGGAUUUGUUAGUUAUCUUGGGAUUACCAUUGCCCCAAAUCGGAUAUUUGCGGGUUUACAGAAGAGAGACCAUUCAGAUCAAAAUCUAUCAAGGAUUCAGUUCAAGUUGAGGAAUACAACAGUGCUGUCAUCAUCAUCUAGCAAGUAUGGAAAAGAAGACCAACCUUUAGUGAAGAUGUGCGGAAUCACAACUGCUAGAGAUGCUGCAAUGGCAGCUGAAGCCGGUGCUGAUUUUAUUGGGAUGAUUAUAUGGCCGAAAUCUAAGCGUUCUGUUUCUCUUUCAACUGCAAAGGAGAUAUCAGAGGCUGCUAGGAAGUACGGGGCUGAGCCUGUUGGGGUGUUUGUUGAUGAUGAUGCUGACACUAUUUUAGAAGCUGCUGCUGCAUCAAACAUUGAAUAUAUCCAGCUUCAUGGAAAUGGUUCACGGAGUUGUUUCCCGCAGUUAGUGAAGGAGAAUCGAGUUAUCUAUGUUCUUCACACUGAUAAACAUGGGGUGCUCCUGAAUAAUAUUUCUCAAGAAGAUUGCGCUCUCGUAGAUUGGAUCCUAGUGGAUAGUGCGACUGGAGGAAGUGGGGAAGGAUUCGAUUGGAAGCAAUUUAAGUUACCAUCAAUAAAUAGCAAACAUGGUUGGCUAUUAGCCGGAGGAAUCAAACCUGAGAAUGUCGAGGAAGCCCUUCUAACUCUUUGCCCAAAUGGAAUCGAUGUUAGUAGUGGCAUUUGCGCUUCAGAUGGCGUCCAGAAAGAUGAGUCUCGUAUAUUGUCUUUCAUGAAUGCAGUAAAUUCUGUGCACUACUGAUACAAUUUAUAGUGUUUUAAGACAGUUUCUCGUUGAAGGAAUGUAUAGAUUUAUAGAAAAUGGCAAUAUACAUUGAGUUGGUUUGCCUAAUAAAGAUUAUUUCAGCUGCAGAA